UUGGGGGCAUUUUCGUCAUCAAGUAUCAAGAAUUAGGGUUCAAACUUCCCCUAAUAAAAGGCCCAAGCUUUUCUUUUUUGUAUCUCUCCUCCAUCCAAAAACCCUAGUCAGAGCUGCAGCUUCUCGUUGGCUUCAGAGAUGGCAAAGUCAAAGAAUCACACUGCUCACAACCAAUCUUACAAGGCUCACAAGAAUGGCAUCAAGAAACCCAAGAGGCACCGUCACGCUUCUACCAAAGGGAUGGAUCCAAAGUUCUUGAGGAACCAGAGGUAUGCAAGGAAGCACAACAAGAAGAGCGGAGAGUCUGCCACUGAAGAAGAGUAAAUUUUACUGGAAAAAGCAAAUCUAGCCAUCUUUAGUGUUUUCUAAUUGGGGCUUUUUUGUAAUAGAAUUUGGUGUUUAUUUACUAUCUUCUCAGCUUUAGUUGAAUUGUUUUUAUGGGGUUGUUGAUUAUCUUUGUUAGAAGAGAUUUGAAGCUGUGAGCUUAUUCAUAUCAAGAACCUACUUUGAGUUAUUUUCUGUUC